AUGAAGGGACCACUGGAAAGGCUUCACCUAAGUGAAAGCCACCACCAAUCGCCGUUCCCCGAUUCCGACCCAGCUCGAUUCCAGACCCUUCUGGACUCCGCGGCCUCCGACCCCACUCUUCCUUAUUCUUCCUCUCUCGGUGCUGACGUGGAUCCCAGUUCGGACGACAAGGAUGGCGGCAUUCUCAGCCAGGACUUCUUCUGCACUCCGGAUUAUAUCACCCCGGAAAAUCAGAAUAAUACGUUCAACGGAUUUGACUGCACUAAGGAAAACAUCCCAUGCCCCAAAUCCCCGGAGAAAACUACGCUCAAAUCCAAGAGGCGUCGACAGGGACAUUAUGUUAUCUCAUCGAAUCCUCUUAGCCCCACUUUGUUCGGGAAUCAGGAGGUAGGAAAAGAUGCAAUUGGGAUAGAAGAUAUAGAGAUAGAGAACACAACAGUAAGUGAAGUGCGGAAGACAACAAACUAUGUAUCCCAAUCUGCAGUGGCUUUACGCUGCCGGGUUAUGCCGCCUCCAUGCUUUAAGAAUCCAUAUCUAAAGGAUGAUUCACAGAUGGAUAUUGAUCCUUUUGGCAAUCAAAGAUCGAAAUGUGCAGCUUUCUUACCUGCAAUGAAGGAUGGAAAUGGCCUUUCACGUUAUUGUGCUGAUUUUCAUGAGAUAGAGCAAAUCGGGACUGGGAACUUCAGUCAUGUUUUUAAAGUCUUGAAUCGAAUUGAUGGUUGCUUGUAUGCUGUGAAACAAAGCAUUAGUCAAUUGCAUCUGGACACAGAAAGGAGAAAAGCUUUGAUGGAAGUUCAAUGCUUAGCAGCUCUGGGAUCCCAUGCAAAUAUUGUUGGGUACUACACUUCUUGGUUUGAAAAUGAGAAGCUCUACAUUCAGAUGGAGCUAUGUGAUCACAGCUUAUGUGUAAACAAUAUUUCCAGACCUUUCACAGAGGGAGAGGUUUUAGUAGCCUUGUAUCAGAUUGCCAAGGCAUUGCAGUUUAUGCACAAGAGAGGAAUAGCUCACUUGGAUGUAAAACCAGAUAAUAUAUAUGCAAAAGAUGGUAUUUAUAAGCUUGGUGACUUUGGAUGUGCAACUCUACUUGAUAAAAGCCUUCCAAUUGAAGAGGGUGAUGCUCGCUAUAUGCCUUCAGAGAUCCUGAAUGAGAAACAUGACUAUCUUGACAAGGCUGAUAUCUUCUCAUUGGGAGUUGCUAUAUAUGAGCUUAUUAGAGGUUCACCUUUACUAGUAGACGGACCUCAAACCGUAAAUCUUAAGAAAGGAAAAUUGCCACUGCUCCCCAGUUACUCCUUGCAACUUCAGAACUUGCUCAAGAUCAUGUUGGAUCCAAAUCCAGACUUGAGACCAUCAGCUAAAGAGUUGGUUGAACAUUCAAUUUUCCACAGAAAAAAUGCAUGGGCAUAG